UUUUUUCCAUAACUGUAUUUGCCAUGUGCCUAUGUGCAAGUGCUGUAAUGUAAGCUCAAGUACUGUCCAUCUUGUUUUUGUUUCUUUUUUUGAUUGUAUCUCAGGUAUAUGCAUGAGUCUCGUCUCCGGUUCUCUACAACGUUGGGCUGUUAUAAUAGCGGCUUGUGUAAGUUUGUAUCCCCACUUCUUCAUACACCAGCACUACGCCAAGGGCUGGACAUUGCUUGGAAGGCAUUUCUUCCAUAUCCUUUUUACUAAUGCACGUUACGUAUACACAUUGAAAGCGUGCUUUUACUGGGAACAGUGUAUCAAGAUUAUUCUUGUUUUUUCGUAUGUUAGCUGAGGUUAUUUAUUUAUUACUGGUAUUUAUAAAGCGCCGACAUAUUCUGCAGCGCUGUACAACUAGGGCAGAACAUACAAUAUACAUAGACAAGAAAAAAAGGUAUAAAGGUUAAUAUUUUCUAUAUCUCCUGGGUAAAAAGCUGAAUUGUUUCUGCUCAGAGUAGACUCUGCUGUCUUAAGGUCUGAACAGGUGCUGAAGUUAAUGUCAUAACCAACUGUAUAUAAUCCGUCAUUUCAAGUCUAGUUUGUAGAAUGUUAGACCGUAAGGGUUAUGUAUAAUACUGUUUGUGUGUUAAAAUAAGUGUCUGUGCUUAAGUAUAAACAGAUGCUACAAAAUAGUCAGAUUUCUCUAGGUUACUGCAAUGACAUGAAUGCAAACUAUUUAACUAAUUAACUGUUCGUUCUCCACCUGCUGCAGUAAGGGUUAAUCGCCACUAUUCUCUGUUUGUCCCUCAUCAGGCAGUGGUGCUCUGUAUGACCCCAUUUCUGCUGAGAAUUGUGGGAUUGCGAGCUCUCUCCAUGGCUUCUGAAGCUUACACUGCAGGAUCUUUCUCCGCUGCCUAUGUCACCUGCCCCAGUGACAAGGUGGCAAAAGACAUUGCCCGGUAUGUAUUUCAGGAUGGAUUGUGUGCAGAUAGACAUCUUAUAUGGGGAUCAACACUGUUAAUGUAGUGACAGCAUUAUACCUGUAUAUCUUAUCAAUCUCUAUUUACGCUGCUAGAGCCAAUCUGUUAUCUAUUCACCAUCCAUAUCACAAAACAAUUAACAAGCCUCUGCGGCAAGUGACCAUAAACAUACAUUGUUCUCCUUCUUGUGACAUCAAGAAACUCUCCAUUAGACACAUGCUCCAAAGCUUGGCAAGGCAAAGUAAUUGUUUAGUAUUGGAGAUGGCCAAGAACAUGACAUUGCUAUAAGCCUAUUGAUGAAAUCCAACCGAGCACCUUUCCAUAGACCGUGUUACCAGCUGUGUAUUGUGCACUGCACUCUCUGACUGCACCAAAUUCUUCUGGAAACUUGCCCCAAAAAAGACAAGGGAAAUAAAGUGUGUUCUGCCAGCAGCUCCAGGCUGGUCAUCCUGGAUCCCCAUGUUCUAAUGGUUAGAUUUGUUAUAUAAGAAUUUACCUGUUUGUGUAUCAACAGGAUCUAUCAUUCCGAUAACAUUUGUUGUUGUCUCACGCAGGGGCAUUGUGGAGAAGAAGCUGGCAGCCUGUGUUAACAUUAUACCACAGAUAACGUCCAUGUGAGUUCUGUAGUGUCCCUCUAACUAUCUCACUGAUACCGAGAGCUCUGCAGUGCUAAUGGUUCCCACCUCCGUCUUACCUUCAUGGUCUGUCUCUGUCUUUCUCUGAGUCUGUUUCCACUGUUUGUAAUGGCCACAACCUCGCCAUCUGUGUUUAUCUAUCUAUGUAAAUAUAUACUCUUAUCGUUGCUCCUAUAUUUCAAUACAAUGUUAAACACAGAUCUGCACACCCGUCAACCAUAAGACUUGCUUUUCCGACAGAAAUCCACAUCACAGUAAAUUUGAGAUUUCUGUGGGAAAAGCAAGUCUUGUGGCUUGACUGGUGUGCAGAUUUGUGUUUAACAUUGUAUUAACUAUCCACAGACUUCAGGUGGAAGGGGUUUUCAAUCACAGUUUUUCCCCACCACAACUUUCUUGUUUUUUGUUCCUUUGUUCCCAUAGAUAUGAGUGGAAGGGGAAGAUCGAAGAAGAUAGUGAAGUUUUGCUGGUACGCUUGAUUUUCCAAAUGAUCUGAUUUUAUAUCCUUGUAAAGCGUACUUUUCACUUUAGACGCCUCUAACAGUAAUAACAAUCCGUAAUAGCGGAAACUCAGUUACAUUUUUAAUUAGGGAUUCAAAGUCAAUUUCUACAAUAUAGGACAACAAAGUCAAACUGAAAACAUGACUGAUUUUGGGGAAUGUUUCCAAUGCAACUAGUUUGGCCUAAAAUUUAAUCUCACUUUGAAUUAAUGAUAAUUCUUACUUCUGGUUGGUUUCUCCGAAUGUUUUUGAUCUCUGCAUUUUGCAGACUCCCCUCUUCUCUAUAAUAUAUACAAAUGAAUAACACACUUGUUCACCACAGUGGGAAAUGGUUAAAAAUAAAAUUACCUUAAUACAGGAAUAGAUUGUAAGAAGAUCCCUUGGUCUCCUUUACAUACAUAUACAAAAAUACAAUCUAAAAAUGGAAAUAGAGAGAAAUAGCAGGUAAUGGUGUAGAAUCAAUGUCACCAAGCAAAGUGCUGAGUAGAAUUGCACUCACAAAAUAAUCUUUGACUGCAGGCACAUAAAAUAUUAAAGAUGGAAGGAACUCAGUCCUCUUCUCUUUCUUCCUUAAGAGGGGUUUAAAACAGAGAGACACAAAACAUAGUGCACCAAUAAAAAUAAAAUGUAUGUAAUUUAUUUUAGAUUGCACUCACAGGAUAUCUGUAAAAUUCAGCUUAUCACAAUGAAGUCUCUGAACGGACUGUGAAGCUUCCAGAUGUUCCUUCCGGUCAGCAGACAAAAUAGGAUAGCCGAAAAAUAUAAACAAACUUUACAAAAUAAAAACACAAAUAAAAGUCCAAUAAAAAUUCUUGUGCUGAAGUGGUCUCUCCACCUUACGCGUUUCGUUCUCUCGAACUUCGUCAGGGGCAGUUGUGUGACACUAUCCUAUCCUAUUUUGUCUGCUGACCGGAAGGAACCUGGAAGCUUCACAGUCCGUUCAGAGACUUCAUUAUGAUAAGCUGAAUUUUACAGAUAUCCUGUGAGUGCAAUCUAAAAUAAAUUACAUACAUUUUAUUUUUAUUGGUGCACUAUGUUUUGUGUCUCUCUCUGUGUUUGUGAGUGCAAUUCUACUCAGCACUUUGCUUGGUGACAUUGAUUCUACACCAUUACCUGCUAUUUCUCUCUAUUUCCCCUCCUCUCUCUGUUAACAGGGAGUUCAAAGAGUGCUAAUGGAUGGGGGAUAUUCCCUGUCAUAUGUUAUGAUCAAAGACUCUGUCUGUGAAUGUCAGUGUUCCGAAUCAGAAUACUCUGCAGCCUGUGAUAGCAGCCUUCAUACUGAUUACACUCAAAGGGACACUAUAGUCACCCAGACCACUUCAGCUCAAUGAAGUGGUCUGGGUGCCAGGUCCCUCAGGUUUUAACCCUUCAGAUGUAAACAUAGCAGUUUUCAUUUGGGGUUAAUCCAGCCUCUAGUGAGUGGCUGUCUUCCGGACAGCCACUAGAGGCGCAUCUGCGACGCUGGAGGCACAUUUCACCUCCAUCGCGCAAAGCGUCCAUAGGAAAGCAUUUUGACACUUUGAAUGCACUUGCCGCACAUGCGCAUUCGGCUCCGGAUGGGGGAGCUGAUAUCAGCGGGGGAGGAGAGGUCACCAGCGCCGAGAGAGCCCGGCGCUGGAUUAAGGUAAGACCCUCAGGGCACUAUAGUGUCAGGAAAACCGCUUUGUUUUCCUGACACUAUAGUGAUCCAUUAACGUCUGUAUCUCACAAUUCUAAUCUGCCACAUGUACGCUUCAUCUGUAUUUCUUACAUAGAUCUAUAAAGGAGUUAUGAAUAGAACAAUUGUGGGGCUUAAGUGUAAAAGUUGAUUAGUCAGCCAGAGCAAUCCUUUGGUUUCCACGGUGAUAGCUCCACUUUUAGAACAAACAUUGCCCCUGAAUUGCUUUAUGUACAUAGUGUGUGACAUCUAGAAAUGAAGCAUCUCCUGUAUAUUGAUUACUCAAUAAUGGUUGAUUUAUGUCCCCUUCUUGCCAGUAGAUGCUGGGUUUUUUAAUGUAACUGUAUUUCAGAUCACUCAUUGUCACCUUUCUGUCUCUUUUCGUAGAUGAUUAAGACAAGAAGCUCUAAGGUUUCAGCCCUAUCAGAAUACGUAAGGUGAGACUGAAGAAGUGAUUUUAUGAUAACACAGGUUUUGCAAAUUGCUCUACUCUGUCUAUGGGAUUUCCCUUGUGAAUCUCAGUGUAGGAAAGUACUCCGACUGUGAUUCCUCAGUUUCUUUCUUGAUGGUCUGAAUUCUCUGUGUGUGGGAAGUAUUUGUAGUCUGAUUGAAUCCUGCGUGUCCUUUCCAGGGGAGGUAAUACUCAUAGCUUGAGUGAUUCCUCUGUGAGAUCUCCAGCAUAGAGCAGAGUCAUUCUUUUGUGCCCCAGCAGAGGGGUCUAACCAGAAUGAGAAGCAGCAAAAUACACAUGCUGUGCUACUACCAGAAGUGCGAUGGGGUAAAACUCUUAUCGCAUCGUUAUUGCAGCCAUAACCAGUUACUACUUUUCUCUCGUUUGAUCUCUUUAGGUCUGUUCAUCCAUAUGAAGUGUGUGUGGUAAUAAGCCUUCCGAUAGAGCAGGGGAACCCCCCCUACCUGAAGUGGCUUGCAGAAACUGUUCCUGAGUAAAAUCUCCUUUUCUAUGUAAUAAAGCUGCACAUUACACUCUGCCUCAUUCAUUUUUAUGUGUGAUCUCCCACCAGCUGCACUGCAGUUUUCUAG